CGGCCUGAAAUAUCAAGUAGAUAGUGAUAUUGUCAACCAAAGACUGAAGUUGUUCUGAAUUAAGACGGUGUGAAAAUAAAAAAUGGCUGCGGCGAUACUGUCGCGUGUGGAUCAAAGCCAUAACAUUGAAAAACUAGUUCGCGUUGGUCCUUACGAGCUACUUAAGACGAUUGGUAAAGGGAAUUUCGCCGUGGUCAAAUUGGCAGUUCACAUUAUCACGAAAACACAGGUGGCAAUAAAGAUUGUGGACAAAACAAAACUUGAUGAUGACAACUUGAGAAAAAUUUACCGUGAGGUGGAAGUCAUGAAGAAAUUAAAACAUCCACACAUCAUUAAGCUCUAUCAGGUCAUGCAAACAGAUAAAAUGCUCUACCUUGUAACAGAAUAUGUUCCCGGAGGUGAAAUAUUUGACUACUUAGUUGCCAAUGGACGGAUGACAGAGAAAGAAGCCAGAAGAGUGUUCAAACAGAUUCUGGCAGCUGUUGGUUAUUGUCAUAAGUGUUGUGUGGUCCACAGAGAUCUAAAAGCUGAAAAUCUCUUGUUGGAUGCAAAAAUGAACAUUAAACUAGCAGAUUUUGGUUUCAGCAACUAUUAUAAACCUGGUCAGUUACUCUCAACAUGGUGUGGUAGCCCUCCCUAUGCAGCUCCUGAAUUGUUUGAAGGGAAAGAAUAUGAUGGACCAAAGGCUGAUAUAUGGAGUCUGGGCGUAGUUCUGUAUGUACUAGUGUGUGGUGCUUUACCGUUUGAUGGCUCCACACUUCAGCUCCUUCGCAGCCGCGUGCUGUCCGGAAUAUUCCGUAUCCCAUAUUUCAUGACGACAGAUUGUGAACACUUAAUACGGCACAUGCUUAUAGUAGAUCCCGAUCGACGGUUGAGUAUUCCUCAAAUUCUUCAACAUCGAUGGCUCAUAAUGGAUGAUGAUGGGCGAGCUGGUCCAGACAAGUCUUCGGAAGUGAAUGGUGACCUUCCAACAGCAGAUGAUCAUAUAUCAGUCAAUGAAUCGAUCGUCGACACAAUGCUGAAAAUACCGGGUUUAGAUAGGGAAAUCAUUCUAAAAUCCGUGCAGGAAAGACGCUUCGACCCCAUCAGUGCAGUUUAUCAUCUAUUAGAUGAUACGUCCGUAGCGAAAUCGAACAGUUCUUCGAAUAUUACAAAUGAUUUGACUCACACCGCUACCCCAGCAGCAGGCUGGCCAAGCUUGAGCGAUAGCCAGCAUUUAGAAAAAUUUGUAGAUAUGGAUUUAGAUGAACCUAAACAAGCAAGGGCUUCUACAAGUGGCAAUGACGGGCCCAGCAAACAAACUGGAGAGAGGAAUUUGGCUACACGACGGCACACUGUUGGUCCAAGCGAAACGGCUCACGACCAAGUGAUGGGGAAGCAUUUAAAGCUCGAACAUGCUGGUGCGAAAGGAGUUCCUUCCUUCUAUCCGGCCACGGGUUUCACCGCCCUUGGUUACAGCCCUCUGAAUCUACCGUCGCACGUGGCUUUUAAUCCAAACACAGGGCUGAAUAACAUUUUUGAUACACGGCCAGGAUUUUUACCAAAUUUUGAGUUAAACAUGCGCUCACCGACCACGGUUCCAUCAACGUUGAAUACGCCGUUCCCCGCUCUCUCUAGUUUCCAAAACUCGGCUGGUAUGCAUCAUGGGGCUUCGUUUGCGUCACCUUCCCAUCACCCAAUGUCAAUGUUACCACAUACCAAUCUUCCGCUGAUGCUGCCUCUCUGGCAGGAUCAGCCACCGCACAAUUUCAGUGUCAAGGAUCAACAUUUGUUGAAACCUCCGCCAGCAAUGGGAGCAGCGGGCGGGUUUGGUCGUCGUGCUUCGGAUGGUGGUGCUAAUCUUCAAACAUUCUUUCAAACGAAUAUUGAACACAGUGAUUGGAGUACUGUGCAACAACAAAAACAGCAGUCCUUCAAUAUGGACUCUGUGCAUCACCUUUCGAAUCCAUUGGCGAUUAAUACCUCAUCCAACCCAUCUCAUGUUUCCCCAGGAAGUCAAACUGCAGAGUCAUUGGAAGACUCCUCUAACUCGGUUGAGCUAACAAGGUAUAUACAUAGGGGGAAGCGACAUACAUUACCUAUGGCCAAUCCGGAGGAAACUCAAUGUCUUCAACAGCCGGCCUCUACCAGAAUGCGUAAACAGGGAUUAGUGCCCAUGCAUCGACCGUCAGGACGUGACGGUUUGGUACGGGGCGAUAUGAACGUACUGACACUACCGUCAGAACGUUAUCCACGGCGGGCCAGCGAUGGAUGCGCAUCGAUUGGCCAAUACCGAAUGUCAGAGAGGGAUGGUGAAGAUUCUAAUAGCACAACCGGCAAUGGUUCAUCUGCUUCUCAGCUCAAAGCUAUACAACAAGAAUACCAAGCAUUACAACGCCAAAUGGUAACCACCAAUAGCAACGACAUGCAGAUGCGACAUGCCAUUCACGUGCAGCAGAGGCAACAACAACAGCAGCAACAACAACAAAUGUCUCCUCGAAUGACCCCGACGCCACCACCUACGUCGACGUCGCCAGUAGCGUCAGAUUUUUGUGCCAUCAAUCCGCCUCAUUACCUGAACCACAUGUGUUGCGAAAGUGGGACUCUUUCUCAGCAUCUCCAGCAGUUGCAACUUCAACAACAGCAACAGCAAAUACCUCCACCUGCACAGUCCACGCUGUUGCAGUCCUACAGCCAGUCUCCGCCCGUAACUGGUUGCUGUGGCUCCAAUGGCGGUGGGUCAAUAGUGCAAGGUACGGGCCGCCCAAUGGGUUCCAUUGUUCAAGGAACGCCAAUUGUAUCUCAAGGAUCUCUCGUGUCAGCGACGCCUUCGCUUGGAUUUUUCAACAUAGAAAACGCUCAGAAUUCGGUGGUAAUGCAACGAGUCCAGGGGGGUUCUAUCAUGCAGGGAACCCCUUUUAAUCUUCCGACAGUGCCAAAUAAUCUGGACGUCUUUGCAAAUCCAGCCCCUUCGUUGGUGCCGAUUUCGACGUUUGCAGGAGGAUCUAUAACACAAGGAACACCCGUUAACCGCAUGGUAGAAGUUGACGACAUGGUAGAAGUUGAGGAUAUGGAAGCAGAUGCAAUCGAAAGCGAUAGCGAGCCAGCGGAAGAAGCUCUUGAUUUGAGUGUUAGAAAUUUUAAAAACCGGACCAAUAACGAAUGGAUGUGCCAUGAAGAGGUUGAGAGGAAGCCUACAUUUAGCGGCCCACCUCACCCUCAGAUCUCCAUCACGGACGAGCAAGGUGAAGUGACUGACAUGUCCUGGAGCGUCUAUGCUCUGAGCGGCAAAAAUGGCACCUGUCGCCAGGUGGGUUUGCAGAAUCUUCAGAACGACGUGCUUUCUUCAUCGUUAUUGGCUGGUGAUAUUUCUUCGAUGGCUGCUUAUCCAGAAUUGCAUAAAUCUUCCAGUGGAUCAAUUGAAGUGCAACUCUCGUCCGACUGCUCGCAGUUGACUGUGGCAGAGAUUUUCGCCUUGAUUGAGCGUUCAAUUCAUACCAAGGCUUCGGGUCUGGUGUCGCGUCAAAUGGAGGAUGAUGCCGCUCUCGUACUAGAACGACCCGGAGAAGAUAUUUAUAUUGCUGUUGAAGUUAGCCCACCUGCUGGACCAGAAGGUUUAAAGGGCUUGAAAAUCCGUCGUAUAUCGGGCGAUUAUGUCCGUUACGAUCGUAUAUGUAAUGAGCUGAUUGCUUGUAUCAGCAUGUAACUAAUCCCAUCCUAUACGUUCGUGUGUUUUGGUUUGUGUGCGUGUAUGUGUGUGCGUGGUUGGAUGAACAACCCUCCCCAACUAUCCCUACUCCCCAUUGAACGAUAGCCUGGACGCGCUUGCCCUUGCAAUCCAUUCCGAUCGUUAGCAGAAAUUGUAUGCGUACAACGCAUUGUAUAUUUUGGGUCUAUUGUGUUUGUAUGCGUAUGCGCGCGUCGUCAAACGUCGUCUCGGAAACCGUGCUAGUCGCAAGCAACCAGUUUGAGUGAGCAAUGUGCGUUACCUACAAUUUUUCUUAUCAUUAUUAUUAUUAUUUUUUUAUUUUUUCCAGUGAUAUGACAGGACAUUCCCCGUCUUACAUUUCCCACCUUCCUGUUAAGUUUUUAGCAACGCCUUUUUCUCUUUUUAUGGGUUUGCUUUGAGGCAGGUCCUGCAAUUCUCGAUUUUUUAAAUUUUGUCUUUGUUAAUCUUGCCCUGUUGCACGAUAUUCAUGAAUUUCUCUAAUCAGAACUCAUAUUGAGACAGGUCUAUAGACGUUUUACGCAAAGCAUUUAUCUAUUAUAAGCUAAUAGAUCUGCGUCUGUCAAACUUGAGAUAUAUUUUUCCCCCUCAUACGUAUCGCUUGACUAAUGAAGCUAGACCUUGUUCUUCCUUUCUUCUCUACUAUAUUCUUUCAAAAUCAUUACCUUAUGCACUUUGAACCUCGGGAAAAGCGUUCACCUAAGCACACCGCAUUCCGCCGUCGAUGUGAUUACUCAACAAAUCGGAUUCCGUUUCCAUGCCCCGAAGAGUCUAUUAUUAUUGCGUCGUUGUAAACACGUUUCAAGUUAAAAUUACGUCUUUGGGGACGAAGGGUUGGAAAGAGGCAUUUUUAUCGUAUAUGACUGUUAAAAUAAGAGAUUUCAUCCGAGAA